AAACUACAAGUCACUCUAUAGUAAUCCUUACAAUUAGGGUUUCCGAUCUCGCUUGCGGCUCUUAUAUAAAUUGAAGAAAACCUUACGCUUCUCUUCUGAGAGAGAGACAGCAACCUGGAGAUUUUCACAUUUUAUUCGCUUACAUCGAAAAAUGGUUACUUACAGGUUUCACCAGUACCAGGUUGUUGGAAGAGGGUUGCCUACUGAGAAUGACGAGCACCCUAAGAUUUACAGGAUGAAGCUGUGGGCCACGAAUGAGGUUCGCGCAAAGUCCAAGUUCUGGUACUUCCUCAGGAAGCUGAAGAAGGUCAAGAAGAGCAACGGCCAAGUUCUUGCUAUCAAUGAGAUCUUUGAGAAGAACCCAACCAAGAUCAAGAACUAUGGCAUUUGGCUGCGUUACCAAAGCCGAACAGGUUACCAUAACAUGUACAAGGAAUAUCGUGAUACAACUCUCAAUGGUGCUGUGGAACAAAUGUACAAUGAGAUGGCUUCUCGACACAGAGUCAGGUUCCCUUGCAUUCAGAUUAUAAAGACUGCCACUAUUCCUGCUAAGUUAUGCAAGAGGGAGAGCACCAAGCAGUUCCAUAAUUCGAAAAUUAAGUUUCCAUUGGUGUUCAAGAAGGUCAGACCACCAACAAGAAAGCUCAAGACAACAUACAAGGCAUCCAGGCCCAACUUAUUUAUGUAAACUCUAUCCUCUGGUGAAUGCGGUGCAGAAAGAUGAAAGUUGGUCUACUUUUGGAUUUCAAUUUUUGUAGACUUCUCGUCAUUUUUGUUUAUUGGAUAUUGCUUUCAUUGCAAAUCUUAUAUGGUAGAUUUGUCAGAUUUGAUAUUUGGGAUAUUGUUGUUGUUUUACUUCUUGGCAUGGAUUAAUGUUUGAUGCUUUAUUCCAUUAGUUUAAUAGUUUUACGUUUAGGUUGAAAA